GACAGCUACACUCGUGAAGAGCACCGGCAUCGUGGCCGGAAUCGCUGUCGCUUCGUCGUAAUUUUGAAUUAUGUCGUAUAUGGCUGUUUUGGCACUUCAGUUUUCGAAAAAAGAAAAAUGUUCUAGCGGCUACCGUAGUUGUUCUCCUCGACUGCCGACUUGGUUUUUUCAACGAAGUGCAUGGCACAUGAAUCACGCAUCCUCUACUAAGGGAGCAACUGUCUGCAGCAGGUAGUCCCUUUGCGCACAGCAAGUCCAAGACGACAACCUAGAAGAUUGUUGCUUCAGUUUGCGACGGAGUCGUACUUAUCAGACGCACGAUACUCCUGCAGAAACGGAAUCCGCUCCUCUGCCUGUCAUGUCGAUGGCCCCCGGUGCGCAGACGUACGGCUCACGGCGGCGAGCUAAAACGAGCAGCAUCCUCUCGCAGAUUGAAGGCAGAAUACUGGUUCGAAGCACACGAACACACUCGCUGCGAAAGCACCUGAGUCACGAUUUUCGCCAGAGAACAGACCCAAAACCCCAAUGGUACAUCACGACUUAGCCGGUCAGAAUGUGUUAGUCUGACCUUUUUGCGUCAUCAAAUCAAUGGUGUGGUUCUUGCACUUAUGCGUCGAUCUCAAUUUUCAACCUGAAACGAAAGCGCAACAUUGGAAAUCAACGCAGGACCUACAAGGACAGCGAGCUACGAUCUACCUCGGAGAGAAAAAAGCAGCUCCAGGUCCGCAGAGGGGACGAGGAAGACGGACGAAUUUUCUUUGCUGAAGAAAAUGCGAAACAAUCGGCGAAGACGAAGAUCGUCGAACUAGACCCACGGGAGGAAAGGCGGAUGGUAAUUUUUGCGCUUCGUGUUGUAACUGCAUGUCGUUGUCGUGUCGAAAAUCAAAAUGCGAAAGCAGGAGCAACUUGGUGAGGUACUAGAAUGGUUGAUGUACAAGAAUAAAAAUGAAUUUGAACAAGAGAGACUAUUCUUAUCACAGGCAAUCAGCAGCAGCGUACUUGACGUGCUGGGACCGAGACCACGUGAAGAACAGAUGUUAAUGCCCGCUACUGCUGCAAAGAAGCGCCCGGUGUCUGCGCGGAGGAUGCCGGCCUCGCCACGAGGGGUAAAUGAAAAUGAAAAUUUAGCACAUGCGGCAGUAUGUUUUGUCGAAAUGCGCUUGAGUGAAAGAUUCCGUUCGAGGCUUAUAUGCUCUGACGCAAAACAUGAAAAUAAACAGGCCGAGCCGAAGCCAACAUGGAGUCACAUUUUGCGAACAGCGCUCAAUAAGCAAGACCGACCCGGCUCACCAGGCGUCGUGCGUGCAGUGCCAGGCCAUCCUGCUAGCAAUGCCCCGUCACCACAUCGUAUUAUUUCAUUGCUGAGAGAUCGGAUCCAGUUCUACCUUUGCUAGUUACACCCACACACGCGCCCACUACGCAGCGUGUUGUGAAAGGCUUCCGUAAAGCCGCUACGUAAAACUUGAUAAAAAACAGGUACGCCCCGGGCACACGGGGGUAAGAAGAAAUCACCCCGCGCGGGUUCGAAAUCGCCACGGGGUAAAGGCUCCAAGUCUCCUCGGGCAGGUAGCCGCAGUCCGCGGGGCGGUUCGAAAAGUCCGCACCGAACGCCGAGGUCACCAAAAUCACCGACGAGCCCCAGGUCGCCCCGGGUGAUGUACAGUUUUGACAACUACAACUUGCCAUACUUCAUGAAGAAACGCGUCGAAGUGGUUCAGGUCGAGGAACUGCCACCUGAGCUGCAGACUCCUUUUUGAUGAGAGCUACGACAUUUUCUUGUCCUGAUGUUGAUGUAACCUGUUUGUAGUUUCUCUUGUACAAUGUACUUCAAUUUCCUUGUCAGGAGAGGACUCUACUGUACUGGCUUCCCGCCCCCUUUUUGUAGAUGACGUUGAACUUGGCUUCAGAGUUUUGAGAUUACGUUCCACACGUGCAUUUUCACUUUCACACCAUCAAUGGAUUCCAAUAGUAAUAGAAGAUACAAAACUGCAUCUGCUUUUGCAACGCAGAUCCUUUUCUAACACUAACGUCACCAGAAUGAACUCAAGAUCGAGUGUCGACAAGCUUGAAAUGUAGAAGUUUAACUCAGUCCAUCGCCAGAAUCCCAU